AACAGGUGUCCGUUGUACUGUUGCUAAAUGCAAUUCUCUGUAUCAUUCAGGGAACAUUUUACAGAGUAUUCCAGGCGUGAUCCAAUCAAUCAUUCUGCUACCAAGGACUACAAUUCAAAUAAACGUUUUCCUGUGCAAAAUGGUGUAAAUUGCAUGUCUUUGUACUGUUUCGAGUUUUCUUUUGCAAAUUGGUGUAAGUUGCAACCGCUUGGAGAUUUUCUCGAAAACGUGGUGCGGAGAACAGCACUUGCGUGGUUGCUUCUUUACGGGUGUCUAAGAACUUGAUUAAAUUCAGGGCUCAAUCCAGUCACUUCAGAACUGUGGUAGAAAUUAACGUUCCUUCCAUUUAGAGCAAUAAAAGUUCAUUUUAUGCAGCAGAAUACUUUAAAAAAUGAAGUUCCUCGAAUACACACCUCUUGCCAGGUUAAAUGCUUUCCUAAGCCAUGUAAACAUUGGAGAAUGUGUUCUCAAAGGUGUCCUUGAAGCGUACUCCUGCAAGCUUGCAGGGAUAGAUAAGAAGUUGUCACGUAGCUUGGAGCAAGAGGUCUUGGACUAUCUGUUAGAGUCUUCUGAAAGCCAUUCCUCUUCUCCAGUAGGGCCUCUCUGUAACUCAACAAGUCGCAGGACAUUGAUUCACCUUAUAUUGACUCUGAACCACAUGUACCCAGACUAUGACUUCAGAAGCAUGAUCCGAGCUCACCAUUUUUCCAAGGAACAAGGAUUGAAUACUGUUAGGCAGAAGAUGGAAAAUUACUUGCUUGAAGCUGAAAAGGUGUGGGCAGCAGAUAAUGGGGAGGAUGUUUCUUUUCUAGAUAGUAUUUGGAAAGCAAUUGAUGAGGUAAUUGACAUUGCUGAUAGUGAAAUUUACAGCUACAUGCCUGAAGUCGAAGGGGAUGACAUCUUUGAAAGAGGAUCAAUAUGGUUUUUCAACUUCUUUUUCUACAACAAGAAGCUGAAGCGAAUUCUCUGCUUCAGUUGCCGGUCUCUAAGCAAGCUUGCCAUUGAUGAUUCUUCUGCUGAUGAGAUGAUGAGUGAUGAAGAGGCCAUUUUUCAAGGCAUGGACAUGGAGUGACCUAUGUGUGAUACGUGUAUAUAAAGAAGGAUUCAAGACAACUUGUAUAUUGCAGGUUAUCGUGAUUUUUAAGCGAUGUGUGGGAUUUAUAUACUCGAACUGUGUAUGAUUUUGUACAGGGUUCGAAAAAUUUGCCUCGUGAUGCUGAAUGAAAUGAUGUCAGUUGACAUUAUACUCACAAAAAUGAAUAAGUCACACUAACAACAACAUUUAGGUUGACUGAAUAGACAAUCUAUCUAGAUAAAAGUGUUGAGAUUGGAAAAAUAAAUGCAGUUGUAUAAAUAUGAUUUUUAGCUGAGUUCACUUCCAUUUUUUUUU